GCGGCUCACGGGACUGCAGUGACCAGAGAGAAGGAGAGAGAGAGAGAGAGAGAGAGGACAGUGAGCAGGGUUGUGAUGACAGCAGCUGAUCCUGUCUGAAUCCUCUUGGCUCACGCCCUGUCGGUGCCCGCUGUACCCACGCUGGCAGCAGAGCAGGCUGGUGGCUGCGGGCAACUCCUGCCAACUCACGGCCUAUUGAGAGGCAGUCUGACGGACACAAAUGCGAACGACAGACUUGCUGCAUCAACAGCAAUCAACGCCCAACCCAUUUCUGCUGCUGUGGACGGAAUUAAACCAUAAAUACCCCCCAGGUCCCCUCCACUCGCCCGGUACACCCUCACCUGCACACACACUCACACACACACACUCGCACUGAGACAGAGUGGAGGUGUGAGAAGAACUGACAGAAGAAACAGGCGGAGAGAUGUCGGAUCAGCAGGGAGCCCCAGAUCAGCAAGUCGCUGGGAAGAGCCAAGGAGGAGCAGGAGCAGUUUACAAGGUCUCACUGUAUGAAUUCGAGAAUUUCAGAGGAAAAAAGGUCGAGCUGUCAGCAGAAUGCAAGGACUUGAUUGAGAAGAACUUGGAAAAAGUUGGAUCAGUCAUAGUUGAGUCUUGCCCAUGGGUCGCCUUUGAGCAGAAAGGCUUUUUGGGAGAGCAGUUUGUUUUGGAGAAAGGAGAAUAUCCUCGCUGGACCACCUGGACCAACAGCCAGAGCAGCAACUGCCUCCUGUCCAUUAGACCCCUAAGAGUGGACAGCGCCGACCACAAACUACAUCUGUUCGAGAACUGCAGCUUUGCCGGCAGAAAGAUGGAAAUCGUGGAUGAUGACAUUCCCAGCUUGUGGGUUCACGGCUUCCAGGAUCGUGUGGCCAGUGCAAAAGUUGUCAAUGGAACGUGGGUGGGCUACAUGUACCCUGGCUACCGCGGCCGUCAGUUCGUGUUUGAACAUGGUGACUACAAACACUGGAAUGAAUGGGGAGCCACAGAACCACAGCUGCAGUCCGUCCGACGUGUACGCGACAUGCAGUGGCACAAACGGGGCUGCUUUCCUGUCCCCGUCCCUGCCCCCGUCCCCGACCCGGCUCCCAAACCCAAUCCCAACCCCAGUCCUAACCCCAAUCCUGCGCCCAAUCCAGCCCCCAAUCCUGCUCCCCCUGCCCCAUCCACCACGCCUGCCAGCAGCUGAAGGAGGGCGGCCCGCCCCGUCACCGAUGACCACUGCCCUGCACCUGCUCAGAGGGCCGCGAAGAAAGCUCGAAAGCAAAAGUGACUGCCUUGCCUCUUGUGUGUCUAUCAUUGGAAAUAAAGGCCUCGGCCCCAUGGUUUGAUCUCUGA